AGAUUGGUGUGCAAAAAGAGAUAAUGCGAAAAGAUGAGGAGGUUGAACCUGAAAGUUUUAAAUCUAGUUACGAGAGGUCUCUUUCCAUUCUCAAGUCAUUAUACGCAAAUCAUUGUAGCUUUCAUCCCGAUGGUUGUGUUUUGCUACCGGAUGAUUUUCAUUUCGUGCUCAGUGACACACAUUAUCGCCGUUGGGCUUUAUUAUGCGCGUCAGGUGAUGAUUUUGUCGAAACGGAUUUACCGGUCGCCGAAGAAUUGGAAGAAUUUUCCAAGAGACAUGCCGUUAAA